UAGUCGGAGUGUUUUUAACUGCACGGGAGAUUGAGAUAUCCUAAUGCUCCUAUAGUGAAUGAACUAUUUUAUUAACAAAUAUCUGAAGAAAUGUCUUAAAACUGUGUUGAAGGCAGGCCUACAUCUUUGGCUUACUUUGAUUUAUUUUUAAAAUAAUCGCGUUUGUUUCUGCCUCCAACAACAAUUUCUUUGUAGAUCGUCACAGGGGCAGAAAAUGCGUUUAUUUGGUCGACAUGGUUUCAAGAACAUCUCUACCUCUGUGGAAGCUAAAUACCAUGGGCUGGUAAACCAAGGUGCGACAUGUUACCUGAACAGUGUGCUGCAGGUGCUGUUUAUGACCGAAGACUUCAGAGAAGCUGUGAAAAGGUCCUCCAAACAAAAUGUUGGCAUUGGGCUUCUUGGUGCCCUUACAGACUUGUUUGAUAAUUUACAGAAACAUACAGCAAACACACACAAAAUAAUAACCCAGCUGGGCAUCAGCAGAGUGUAUGAACAGCGAGAUGCUGCUGAAUGCAUCGAGAAGAUUUUAACAAUGACCAGUCCCGUGGCAUCACAGAUCUUCCACGGUCUGUUAGCAAACCAAAUCACCUGCUCUAAAGGUCAUAAAGAGACUGACAGAGAUGCACCAUUUUGGCAUCUUCCUCUGUCAUUGGUGGAUUUUUACAAUCAAGACUACAGUGUAGUGAACGGCAUCGAGGAGUUUUUCAGACCUACAUGUCUAAAUGGAGAACACCAGAUGUACUGUGACCGCUGCGGUCACAAAGUUGAUGCUACUAUUACAGAUGUAAUAAAACAUCACCCAGAUGUUUUGAUUCUGCUGCUGAAGAGGUUUGAGUUCAACUACAGUUACAUGUCCUACUUCAAAACCAGCUGUUUUGUGGAGGUUCCCUACAGCCUGCAAAUACCAGGGAGUGAGGUGUACGAACUGUACGCAGUUGUGGAUCAUUUUGGUGGUGUGAGAGGUGGCCAUUACAGCGCAACAAUCAAAACCCAGGAUGAAGACAGAUGGUAUAAGUUUGAUGAUACCCAGGUCACACCGCUUGAUUACCAACCAUUCCAGGAGAAGUAG